AUGCAGAUCCAACGCCUCCAGCCCAUUCUCGGCGCCAUUGCACUCGCGCUCCUCUGCCUCCCCGCCGCGCUCGCGACGAGUGCCACCGCCCACGAGGGACUUGUGGGUCGCGCCAACCCCGACUUCCCCGCGCCCGACGUCGACCCCUUCUACAAGCCCUCCGGCAACCUCGCCGCCGCUCGCAGAGGUCAGGUCCUGAGGCGGCGCUCGUUUCCCUCGGUCUUUGCCGGUCCGGACCUGGAGAAAUCCUUUCAUCUUCUCUACCGGACCGAAGACACCUUCAACCAGCCAGAGGCGACCGUCGCGUCCAUCUUUGUCCCCGCCAAGCCCUCAUCGCCCCCGCGCAUCCUGUCCGUCCAGGCAUGGGUCGACAGUAACUCGCCGGAUUGUGCCUAUAGCUGGGCAGUGGUCAAGGAUAGCGGCUCUGGAACGGCCAUCGAGAACUUCCUCGAUCCGGGCACCUAUAUCAAAUGGGCGCUGUCAAAGGGGUACUACGUGGUGACGCCCGACUUCCUCGGCCCCAAAUCGACCUUCAUCGCCGGCUACCAGUCCGGCCAAGCGAUUCUCGAUGGGAUCAAAGCCCUGAUCAGGGAUCAGAACCUGCCCAAGGACACCGCCGUCGGAAUGGUCGGCUACAGCGGCGGCGCGCACGCCACCGUCUGGGCAAGCACGCUGCACGAGAAGUAUGCUCCCGAGCUCAACAUCGUCGGCGCUGCUCACGGCGGCACUCCCAUCGAUCCCAAGAACACCCUGCUGUUCCUGAACGGAGGGCACUACGCUGGCUUCGCAGCUGCGGGCCUGAUUGGUCUCAAAGACACCUACCCCAAGCUGGACGCCUACAUCGAGUCGAUCAUCACCGACAAGGGAAGGACUGUACUAUCUCGCUUCAAGCAAGCAGGGUACUGCGUGCUUCAAGUCAGUGGUUCAGAGUCCGAUGGGCUCAACAUCUUCAACUACACCACCGUCAAGGACCCUCUGGACAAUCCGGUGGCGGUCGAGGUGCUGAAGCGCGAGUCGCUGCUGGAGUCGUACGCGGACCGCGAGCUGCCGGUGCCCAAAUUCCCGCGCUUCCUCUACCACGCCCUCGGCGACGACAUCGUCCCGUACAACGACGAGCAGCAGUACGUCAAGGACCAGUGUGCCCGCGGAGCCAACAUCCAAUUCUCGACGCUGUUGCUCGCCAACCACCUUGUCGGCGUCUUUGCCGGCGUCGCGCCCUCAAUCGACUUCCUCCAGCAGGCGUUUGAGGACAAGACGCCAAACGUGGCGUGCGGAUCCGUCCUGCCUGCCCUCGAGAUCUCGCUCGACAGCAACAAGGCCGACGACGUCAUGGGCAAGGGCGUCGCGGACCAGGCGCGUGCGGGACGCGACAAGGCCGAGGGCCUCUUUGGCGGACUCGGAUCGUCGCACCGGCGCCGCUUUGUCCGGGACCGUCGAGGCCGCAACUAG